CUCUCCUAUACUUGACUGUACUGGACCAGUCUGCCCUUAUACUUCCCCUCUCCUCCGUCGAGCCCUUGUCUCUGAGCUUGGUCUGGCCCCUCUGUCGUCGGACUUCGGUCCUUGCUUUUGCUUUUUGGCUCUUCGUGCUUCUAACGGCUUCUCGCGUGGAUUCGUUCUCCCCCCCCCCCCUUUUAUGGAGUAACUGGUUCGGAGUGAUCGGUCGGCCGGUUCUCGUUUUCUUGGUUCCUGGGGAUUCUUUUUACCGAACAACAAAAGUCUGCAGCCAUUUGGUGCAGGACAACCACCGCUACUUGCUUUUGGGCACCGGUGCGGUCUAGGAACGUCUCCAUAUUUCGUCCAUCCUUCCCACUCUCCAUAAUUCGUCCCCGACCAUAUUCGUGAACGAGAAGGAAUUCGAGAAAAAAAAAUAUCAAAACAAGUUUCAAAAAAGUAUUGUCGGUCAUAGAUAUUAUUCGGACCUGGAGGGUGGUGCAUCUGGAACAGAAAAAAAAUAAAAGGAAAUCAAACAAAUCAUAAGGACGCAAAAGAAGAGAUCCGGAAAGCGAGAAGCUCACACCUUCCCUUUCCUUCCCACCCGGCAUUGGACUGGAUUAUAAGGAGACAGCAGAAGCCGUUCGGCUGUGGUCGUGGAAGUCGAGAGGGCCGAGAUUCUGGCAUAAUGACAGCUACGUUGAGUAUGUGCUUCUUCACCCGGGAUGUUUGCUCCUCUCGGGAAGUUAUCAUCUGGCCUGAGCGUGUACAAUUUGCUAGGAAGCGGAUGGCCAGCUCCCGCAAGAGAGAGUGAGAUUGAAGAGGAUCUGCUGGUUCAGGUGCUGAUAUUGUCCCCCUCUCCGCAGAUGGGAUGUAUAAUACGGCCCCAGAUACCCCGUCCCCAGUCUAUCCGGACAGGCUGAUUCGUCCCCUUCCCAAACGUACCCUGCGCUCGCGCUUGUCCUCCGAUGCGGCCGAUACGAUUCUCUAUCCUCCGAGCCCUCCGGCAACGCAGCUAUUCUAUGGAAGCGGUGCAGACAGCGGGGAGGCCGUGAAUGAAUCCAAGAUAUACGUGCAACAGAGCGACGGCCCAGAUCCGACGCUCGAGCGGGAUCCUCAGCUGCUGUAUGAGAACGGGGUCGACUUUGAGAGCGGGGACGAGGACGGUCCGGUGGUGGUUCGCCGCAGUGCCGGCUUCCGUGGGUCGUCCUUGUCGCCGACUGCACCACCCCAUCCGCUUCCCAGCAACGAGGAAGGACCGCCGACCAAGACACCUGCGGCAGGCCCCGACGGGUACGAUGCCUUCGAGAACACUAACAACAAGAAGAAGCGCAAGAUCCCCACGCCUGGCAGUCUAGGGAGUAGCCACCACUCCACCCUCUCGCCUGAAUUCUCCAACAUGGGCCUGGCCACCUCUGUCCAAACACCUCCCCCGCAGAUGGAUGGAAGCCACGUGAGUACCUUUUAUGGAACAGGGAGCCCGGCAUCGCCAGUCGCCAGUGCAGUUGCCAGUGGAAACUCAGGGCCGGGACGAGGCCGUCUGGCGCGUCACCCGGCUCGCAACGGUCCAAGGGCCCCUCAAGCGAUCGUUCACGCGCAGGCUGGCAUGAAUCAAAGUCGAGUACCCGGCCGUCGGGACGGUGUGAUGUCCUCUCAGGGACCAGCAGGUAUGUUGGACAAUGGUGCUUUGGGGGAGGGCGAUCCGGCCCCGAAAUCCGAGCCGGGAAUCAUCUCCGCCGCCAUCGCCAAUGCUGCCGCUGCCGCAUUUUCGUCACCUCCUCGCGCGGACAACGUCAGUAUGCUCGAACGAAGACAGCCCACCACGCCGACCAAAACCCAAUUCACCUUCACGUGCGAGUCGGACUCGUCCAAAGGGAUGGCCAUGCAGGCGCAGAACACCUACCCAGCUCAGCAUCGUUCUCCCCGGUCUCCUAGCUCUGUCACCCCCACGGCACCGAACCCGCGCGCGUUUUCCACGCAAGGAACGCAGACCAGCCCGCCAGCCGUCUCGCAAAUGAACCCGCCAGUCGCGGGCGCCGAACCGCCACCGGUCGGUCGAAAGAAGAAGCGGUCACCGGGUAGCCUUUAUGCCUUGGCCGCGCGGCAGCGGAAAGUUCAGCAGCAGUACACCAAUCUUCAGCAUCCGCCCGGCCUGGAGGACAUCUGGAUCUGCGAGUUUUGCGAAUAUGAGAGUAUUUUUGGACGCCCUCCCGAGGCACUGAUCCGACAGUACGAGAUCAAGGAUCGCAAGGAACGCAAGCGCUUGGCGGAGAAGAAGCGACUGUUGGAGAAGGCGAAGAUGAAAGGACGCAAGAACAAGAAAGCGACGAAGAACGCCACGAAGAACGCACCCAGUCAGCCAGCGGCAUAUGAGCCGGAGUACGACCGGAGCGCCAUGGAGACACCGGAAGCGCACGAAGACGAUGAUUAUCCCCACGACUACGAGGACGAAACCAUCGCCGAACCGCCUCCGGGGCCGCCUCCCGCCGCGCUCAAGUCGCCGUUGCCGCCAGGGCCGCCGCCAAAGAUGGCCUCCAGCGUCAAAGGCGCAGCCGACGGAGGGACCAAUCGACCGCCCUGACAGCGGUGCUUUGUCGUGAGCGACCUUUGUUUCGGCACUCUGCCUUUCCUCUUGCAUGUUUGUCUCGCUUUGUUCUUCCAUUUUGCGGUAUUGUUCUUUUAUUCUGUCUUUGUUCUUCUUUGCAUGAAUUACUCAUUAGCCUUUCUUUUCUUUAUUACAUCCUACCCUUUAUGAUUGUCUUCAGACGGUUAUUUUUGCAUCAAUGAAUCCCCACUCCGGUUUGACGAGGAUCACGCCAGCAGCAUAAUGAAUGUGCAUUGAAACGUUUCUUCCUUGGCUUUUUGUUUUAGGUCAGGAACAUGGUAUUUGUGGAGCAUUAUUUGUUUUUGUUUUGUCUUUCUUGGGGCCUUUCUGUAGGAGGGUCUACCAAUGAGCAUAGGUAAUUUUAGCAGGAGGUGAAUCAGAGGAGCGCGCGAUGAGGGAGGGAGGGAGAGGAGAGGAGAGGAGAGGAAGGAGUUUCGAAGAUGAAACGAUCCAGUUCGGGUUUGAAUAGGACAGUUACAUACUUAGUUUAAUUGGAAGACUGUCACUUGGCAUCUGCCUGAAUUCUGAAGGUAUCGUGCCCAUUGUAGAUGUGAAUCUCAUUAGUCCCUACGGCCAUGACAGCCAGGUAUCCAAUCGCAUGUCCACUUCGUGCAUGAGGUUAAAUAUAGCUGCCCUACCUCCCUACCCUCCCCAGGGGUCGGUGUUUCCAACGUCCUUCCCGGCGCCUAUCCAACAACCAGUCAGACAGCCCGACUGGGUCAGACAUUCCCACUCCGCGGGCGCUUCCGUCGGAUCGACAGUCCAUAGAAGCUAGGACAUCGUCUAGCAUCUAGCAUCUGGUAUCUAUUUUCUGCACGACCAGCUAGGCGCUUGCCGAUUCAGUCUGAAGUUUCAACCCCGACGUGCGGUUUGCUUGCGACCCCUUGGCGCGCGCGUAUCGUCGACGACGGGUUUCAGACGCAGCAGUCGAUGCUGGGAUUAAUGGACGAGAGGCGUUUACUGGUUUGUCGCCGGGAUGGACUGUUUAGGGUCACGGUGAGUUAUAUUUAGUUUUUGGACGGGGGUGCUAGGUAACUAGUAUGUACCUGGUUGAGAGGGCAGGGAAGGGAGACUGGGGUGAUGGUUCUGGAAUCGAGACAAAAUCGUGUAUAUAAAGGGGGGGAGGUGUGCUGCAG